CUGUUUCGAAGUAUAAAUAUUCCAUUAACAACGAAAUUUUUAAGUCGAAGCUCGAAGGGUUCCAGGACUCCAAACUGGCGUUCAUCAUAAAAUAUUCCAAAUAUGGGACGACAGUAAGUCGCAAAAGUAGAUCCGUUUAGCAACCAAUAACUAUCGUUAAUAUUUGUCGAAAAAGUAUUAGCGUAAGUAUUCAGAAAAUUUAAAGUCUGUUGUAUCUUGCUAUUCAGCAAGCUUUAUUUAUAUGUAUAAUAACUUAUAUAAAUACAAAUGUGAAUAAAACAGAUUUUAUUCACACAAUAACUUGUGAUAUAACGUAACUAAUAAAAACGUUUCAACGAUUUACUGUUUUUUUCUAAAAACAACGUCAAGUUUCUGUCAAAAUAUCCGAAAUUCGGAUUUCGAAUGGCAUGAUUAAAAGCAGCAUUUUUGUUGCUAAUCUCGCAGAAUCACGUAUGCUCUAUGUGUAAUUCAGCCGGUGCGAUCGCAGUACAUCUACACUGUUAUGCACAGGCCUUUACACUGGCACAAAUCAAAAUCAAUAAGCCGAUUAUUGGCUGCGCUCAGCGGAGAUUACGUCGCUUCGAAUUGACACCCCGACGCGAGCCUCGUACCAAUUCAAUCCCGCAGGCUUUCCCGACAGGCGGACAUCCGUUCCAGUUCCUUUUUCCACGCGAGUCCGACGCAAAGCAAAAUGGCGCUCAAUGCAAGCUACGAUCUCGCUCUCGCGUUUCGAUCGUAUUCUUCACUCCCCUGCCUCGCAAGGCGAGAAAAUUUCAUGCAUUUGGGUGAUUACGACCAGUGUAACUGACUUCUUCUCCAUGUAAUCUUAUCACUUCUCUCGUUAUUGGCCUGCUAUGUAUUUAUCCCAGAAGAAUAUAUCAAUAGUGUUAUAUAUAUUAGCAUCUCGACUGCCGCAACAUGGCGCCACCGUACAAAGGGAAGCAAAAGCCGACACAAUUUUCAAAAAACUGAAAAAUCAGUUGCAGGACAAUUGAAAAUGUAAAUUUCAAUAUUGUUGCAUUGAAUAAUCAUUGAAUAAUCAGGAUCAAACAGAUAUAUUUAGAACUAAGAUUUAACGUUUCUUUGCACUAUUGUUGUUGUUGUUGUUGCGUUUAUUCAUACGAUUUAGUUGAUGUAGUAGUUUUGUAGUGAAAGCCUCCUCUUUUUGUUUUUGUACGUUCUUUUACGUUAGGGUUUUGUACGUGCGCCACCGGUGGCACCCCUCUAUCAAUUAAUAAAUAUAUAAUUUUUAUUACAACCAGAAUAAUCCUACAUAUUCUAUUGCACGUACUGGAAAAACAAAAGAACGCAGCAUUGGACGUAACGAAGCAAACAUCAAACAGCUAAUUAAAUUACAAUUGCUAACAUCUCUGAUUGCUGACAUUUUUAAUUUGAUAAUAUAUAAAUUUUUGUGAGAGAGAAUUUUUCGCUGUACGCAAACUAAAUGCUAUUCGACCGCAAGGAUCUGCACAAAAUAUUUCAUAAGUUCACUAAAGGAUAUACAACGUCUGAAAAAUUAUUACAUCCGGCCUUAUACUUUGAUAGAAUGGGACAAAUCAUAGGCAGAAUGCCCGAAACGUGGGCAGGUACCAUGGAAGAAAGAGAUCGGGUUUUACACUGGAGUUCUGAAGUACUGGCUAGAGUACUGGACAACGUUACAAAUGAAGAUACGUUUUUGAUGGACUACGAUGACGCCAAAGUUAAUGCUAAAGUCGAUACAUGGAUAAAAAUGAAUCAGAUACGAAUCGACGAAAUAUUUAACAAAUACCCAAGGGCAUCGGAUCAACUCAAGGCUGUAGUCACAGAUGAAGUUCAAAAGCUUACCGAAGACUUUCGAACAAAAAUACGGAAAGAUUACGAGGAUGCGUACAGUGAUAUAAAAAGGUUUAACAAGAAGGUAGACCAGUUAGGUGAGGAGGAAAGAAAGAUACACGCAGAGAUGCAAAAAUUAGAAGAAGAAUGUGCAGGAGAUCUUAAGAAGUUUCACAAAAAAUUUGGACCAUUGCGAGUACAAGUUUUUGAUAAUUUAAGGAAAGGCGAAAAGAUGAUAUUUAAAGAGAAAAGGCUAAAAACUGAUUUUAUCAAAAAGGUCUACGACAUUGAUCAUAAACUUUCUGCCGAUUGCACAAAUCGAAUAGAAAAAUUACUCAAAAAUUUUGAAAAAAGUGCGAUAAAAGAAGAAAUGGAAAGGAUUACAUAAGCAAUGCUAUAUCAGAAAAAAUCAAUCAUCAUAAAUAUUUUAUAUAUUGCUCAUAUGUAAUUUAGAGAGACAAAAUUUUAAUAAAACUUUUUGAAACAUAAUAAUGUUGAAUAAAAUACAUCCCACAUCGAUGGAAACUAUUUUCAACAGGAUUUUCAAAAUUUGAUAUAAUUCCUAUUACGGCAACAAGAUUUGCAGCACUGAAAGUGUUAUUAUUUAUCCUCUGACGUGCUAUUUAAUUUUGGAACUUUAAUCAUAUUUGUGUGUGAAAGCUGCACGUAAUAUAAUUAAUACUGAUAACUAAAUUCUUGUCUAUUGCUCUCAUAUAUUAUCAUAAUUAUAACAAAAUAAACUAGUACACUAUGGUCUAUAUUUUCAACUCAUUUUUAUUGAUAACAACGCUCUUUUAGCAAUGAAACAUUAUCACUUUAUCAACAAUUCUAAAAGUGGCUUAAAAAUCACCUGACUGGCUGAGAAGCCACAGUGAAGAUACUAAUUUUCAUCGUUAAAAGUGAGUUGAAAAUAUGGAUCUAUAUAAUAAGAAAAAUAGAAUACAAAGAGAUCAAUCAAACUCGCACACCAACAAAUUCUAAUAUUCUAGAAUUUCUAGAUGAAAUAUAUGUCUCAUGAUGCCCCAAAAAUAUAGUCAUUUUCGUUGAAGAAAGAAGACCAGCCGUCGAGAUAUAUAGAUAUACAGUGCUGGCAAAAAGUUCCGGAACGGUUAAAAAUCUUGGAAAAUAAU